AUGGCCGUCGACCCUGCAUCGACUGCAUCGACUGCAUCGACUGCAUCAGACGCCAAGAUGAACGGCGUGAAUGGGAGUGUAAAUGGCUCCGAUGGCCGUAGGGCAGGACGGGACAGCAGGAGAAGACGGAGGAGUGCCAGUAAGCAGAAGGGGUAUGCGGGUUGGGUGGUUGAUAAGGGAUUGAAGGUGUUUGUCUGGUAUGCUUUGGCCACAGUACUAUUCCGCUGUCCAGGGCAGCAGAAGGAUGUCUUGGACAGCACGCCGAAGCUCUGCAAGCCUUAUCUGCAGACGAGGGAUUAUGUCACACCAUUCGCUAAACCAUACUACGACCAAUACCUCGCUCCUCACGUCCAGCGAGCUCAGCCAUAUUUUGAUCAAGUCAAUGAGAAGGUCUACACACCCGGCUUGGCAGCAUACAAUCAACAUGCAGCCCCUCGAGUCCAGCAAGCACAACAGCAGGCACAUGUACAAUGGGAGAAGACACUCAAACCACAACUCGAAGUCGCCCGCCAGCAAGCCGGGAAGCAAUACGAUGCCGUCCUCAGCCCGCACGUCAAGCAAGUCCAGGGUGUGGUCCAACCCUACUACGACUCCGUGGCGACUUCCGCAAGCGAUAUUUGGGAACUCGAACUCCAGCCCGUCUACCGCAAUACCGCUCCCUAUCUGCAGAAAAUGUACACCCAAGGCCAGGAAUUUGCGGUCAACACUGCUCUCCCACAAGCACAAUAUGCCAGCUCUGCUGCGUGGACAUUCUGGGUCAAGCAGGCCUGGCCGAGGAUGCGCGUGCUGUAUGGAGAGAAUGUUGAGCCCCAGCUUAUGAGGAUCACUGAGCGUUUGGGUCGGUACAAGGAUGGAAAGAAGAUUGAGGCGGAGGUCAGGAGUGCGGAGAUCUCUUCUUCAUACGCGGAGUCCAGCUCCAGCAUCGCCUCUGCUGCUUCUUCGGCUUCUUCUGUCGUUAGCGAGGCUACAAAGGGCACAGCAUCCAUGGCUUCGGCUGUCACGUCUUCCGCUACCCCCGAGCCUAGUGUCUCGUUGACUGAGCAAUUCGAAAAUGACCUCAAACACUGGCACGACGCUUGCGCACGUGCGGUGAAGGAAGGCUCCGAGCACCUAAAGGAACGCGUCGAUGAAAUCGCUACUCACCAGUCCGCGAAGCAAGUCACCAAAACAGGCAACGCCCUCUUGACCCAACUCGAACAGACGGGUGAGGGAGCGAUCAACAGCGUCAAGGCCCACAUCCUGGGCAUAGUCGGCGGCCUCCCAGAAGAAGCAGAAGACUCCCAUCUGAGCGAAGCAAAAGACAAUCUCGCCAAAGCCAUCCGUAACGCCGGCAAAAGCGUCCGGGAGUCCGCCCAAGCUGUUCGAGAUUGGAAGACCUCCUUCACCACCUCUACGGACGAUCUCGCCGACAAGUCUCUGCAAAGCACCUUCGAAACCAUCGACUCGAUCCGCGAAAUCCGCCUCAGUGAAAUCGGGAGGAAGUAUGCUGAUAAGGAGCUUCCGCACAAGGAGUGGAGUAAAUAUUCCGAUCUCAAGAAAGCUACACAAGCGUGGCGCGAUGAUGUCACGAAGGUUGUCUCCGGCAAUGAGGCGAUUGGGAGUGCUAAGCGUGAGGCUGAGGAGGUGGAGAGUAAAGGUAUGGGCAUCGCGGAGGAUGUGGCUAAGGAGCUUGGGAGGUUGAAGGAGGUUGGGUUGUGGAAGAUACAGGCGAGGGACGCUGCGGAUGAUUUUGAGACGAAAGCUACACCGCCCGUUGCCGCCCAAGCUGCGAAGAGGGUUCAGGAUGCUGUGUCGGGCGCUUCGGAAGCUGUAGUUGGUUCUUCGACGGGAUCUGUGGAGUCCGCUUCUUCUGCUGCUUCGUCGAAGGCUAGUCAGCUUUCUAGCAGUGCUAGUGAAGCUGUCUAUGGCUCUGUGGGCUCCGCGGAGAGCGUGGCUAGCCACGUCAAAAGCGCUGCUGGUGAGGGGUAUGCCAAGGUUGCUGGACAGGGUGAGCAGAGUCCUCUGGCUGACUCGGCCAGCAGCGCUACUGAGAGCCUGAAGAGUGCUGCUUCGGUCGCUCCGGAGAGUGUGCUUGGCACGCCUUCGGGUGUUAGCGAUUCCGCCACCGAUAUUGCUUCGAGCCUUUCAUCUGCUGUCGUUGGCACGGGGUCUGGUCUCAGCGACUCAGCCACCGAUGUUGCUUCGAGCAUUUCAUCUGCUGUCGUUGGAACACCCUCGGGCGUCAGCGACUCUGCCACAGACGUCGCUUCGAGCUUUUCGUCGGCUGUUGUUGAUGGGCAGAGCUCGAUCGGCAGCUCUGCGAGCAAAGCUACGGAGAGUGUGAAGAGUGCCGCUUCUGUCAUUUCGGAGAGCGUCAUUGGUACGCCCUCGGGUGUCAGUGAUUCCGCUACUGAUGCCGCUUCGAGCUUGUCUUCUGCUGUCAUCGGGACUUCUUCCGGACUCAGCGAUGCUGCAACCGAUGCUGCGUCAAGCAUCUCAUCUGCUGUUGUCGGUACUCCCUCCGACGUGAGUGAUUCGGCGACAGAUGCAGCAUCAAGCAUCUCCUCUGCCGUUCUCGGUGAGGAAAGCCCGGUCGCCUCAACCGCCUCCAGCCUUUCGUCCGCCGCAAGCAAGUCCCUUGGUCCAAAAGCAGCAAGUAUCCUAGCCGCCGGCAAAGCAAAGAAAGACGCAGCUUCCAAGAGCGCCGAAUCCGCCGCUACUGUGGCCAGCUCAUCUGGAAAUUCUAUCGCAUCCGACGCUUCCGCUUCCCCGUCCUCCACCUUGAGUGAUGCCUCUUCCAGCCUCUCCUCCGGGGCAAGCGUUGCAUCUUCAAGCGCCAGCUCCGUGGCUUCAUCAGCGAGUAGUAAAGUCUUCCUAGGCGCCAACGCCCAAGUCAUCGUCGAAGCGCGCGAACCUAUCUUCGACGAGGACAUUAUCGACGACGAUGCAUCGUACAGCGCCCGAAUCCAGAGUGUGGUUGAUGCAGCCAAAGAUCAGGCUACGGAACUUACGCAGGCGGUUUUGGAUGCUAUGAGGCCUACUGCUACGGCUACGGAUGUCCAGGGUACUGCGAGUUCUUAUGCUAGUAGUGCUUCUUCGCUUGCGAGUGAGCAGUACGAGAGUGCCAUUAAUGCUGCUUCGAGCGUGCUCUUUGGUGGCAAGGCAGCACAGGCUACGGGUACGGGAAGUGCAAUGGCGAGGGAUUUGUAUGAGAGUGCUGUUACUGCUGCAUCCUACGCCAUCUACGGCACCCCAGCCGCCAGCGGUCUUGCCAGCGCCGCAUCUUCGCGCUACAACGACGCUCUCAGCCAAGCGUCCUCCCACUACGAAGCAGCUAAAUCUCGUCUCUCGGUCCAGGUCUCUGGGACCCCUGAACCGGUGCAUAAGCAAAUGUUCACUUCCGUGGAAUCGGCUUACUCUGACUCCCUGUCAGCGGCUAGCAAGCGCCUGAAUGAAGCCCUGGGCUCCUCACCAACGCCAGCAGCCAAUCUGUAUGCGGCCGUACCAACUAUUGGCCGGUACGAAAGCAUUUCGGCCAUCGCCUCCUCUCGUCUCGCGGAAGGUUUGAGUGCGGCUUCUGCGCAGUACACGAGCGCUAAGGUCGCUAUGGGUGUCGACCCGACUCCAGCUCAUCAGGCGUACCUUGGUAGUGCCCAAGCGGCUUACUAUCAAGGGAUCGGUAUGGCUCACGACAGGUACUCUUCCUUCCUCCACGCCGCGAGCAGUGUCGCGGGCGCUACGCCUACGACUGGCUACCAGGCUUACCUCGCCGCGGCGCAGAGCACAUAUAGUGCUGCUCUAUCUGCGGCUUCGGCUAAUAUGCAAGAUCUUAUGGCUUCGGCUUCAAGCGUGGCGGGUGUCUCUAGCACACCGGCUGCUCAGUCUUACCUGGACGACUUCUCCGCUAGCUACGACUCCGCCAUCGCGGCUGCUUCCUCCCAGCUCGCACUAGCUUCCAGCAGCGCCAGUGUAUUGUUCUACGGCUCCCAAAAGGGUUCCGUCGAGCAAGCCACCGAGGCAGCUGGAUCAUACUACACCGACGCCGCUUCCCAGAUUUCCUCCGCCGUCUAUGGUACCGAGACCCCCUGGACCGAAGCCGCCGCUUCCCAGGCGAGCGAGAAUUGGGAGGCCUUGAUUGCCCACGCGAGCGAACAGAUCUAUGGUCAACCUCCUCCCAUGACGGAUGCGAUAUACAGUUCCGCUACGGCGUACGCUGCUCAGGCUACUCUGGCCGCGGCACAGCAGUAUGAAGCUGUGCAAUCGCUUUUCUCUGAGCUUGUGAGCGGACGGGAGCCGGAUUUCACGGACUCGGUGAUGGCGAGGUUCCAGUCGGCGUAUGCUACUGGUGCCCCGGCUAUGGUCUCUAGUGCGAGUAGUUUUGUCGAGGACACCUAUGCUUCUGCUUCUUCGGUCGUGGCUUCGGUGUUUACUCCACCGAGUAGUCUGGAUAAUAUUAUGGAUUCCGUCAACGCUCAGCUCAACGCUGCCGUCGACGCCGCGAGCCAGCAAGUCUAUGGGCAGAGUAAGGGGACGUUGGAGUCUGUUACCGAUGCUGCCUCGAGCGUCUACACCGACGCCGCGUCAAUGGCUGGACAUGCGGCUUCGCAGAUUAGCGAGGCGGUUUAUGGGCAUGAAACGGGUUAUGCUGAGGCGGCACAAGGCUCUGUGGCUGCUGUGGCGGCGGCGGCGAGUAAGAGUAUUUCGGAGGCUAUCUACGGUUCUCCUACGGGUACGGUCGAGGCUGCUUCCAACAGCGCGGCCAGUGUCUACGAUUCGCUUACCUCUGCUGCUUCGUCCCAAGCUGCUGCCGUUGCUUCGUCGGUGAGUAAGGCGGUUUAUGGAGAGGAGAAGGGGUAUGUGGAUGGUCUGCAGAGUUCCAUCUCUGUUGCCAUGGCGAGCGCUUCGAGCAGGAUCGCGGCCUUCAAGGUCGAGGAUGUGGUCAUUUCGGCCUCUAGUGCUGUGGUGGAGGUGGGGAGUUCGGUCAGCUCGAUCGCUAGCCAGGUCACCGAGAGUGCGGGGAGCGUAGUUGGGGAUGCUGGGGGGUUUGUGGCUGAGGCAGCGAGUAGUGUGAGUUCGGCGGUUAGUGAAGUAGGCAAGAGCGCCGGGAGUGCGGUCAGCGAGGCCACGGAGAGCGUAGCUAGUGUGGCUAGCUCGGUCACGGGGAGGACGAAGGACGAGCUGUGA